AUGUGCACGUUAGAGAAGCGUGGCGAUCUCUUUCUCCUAACCCUCACCGGCGACGGCGAGCACAGAUUCAACCCCGACACAAUCGCCUCCAUUCUCUCGCUUCUCGACCAAGCCAAAUCUCAAUCCACGCGUGGAUCCGUCCUCAUCACCACCGCUCAUGGAAAAUUCUUCUCCAACGGAUUCGAUCUCGCCUGGGCUCUAGCCGCGGGAUCCAAAACCGGCGCCGCCGAGCGGCUUCACCAGAUGGUCGAGCUGUUCAAACCGGUGGUUGCGGCGUUACUCGAUCUCCCGAUGCCGACGAUAGCUUCCUUGAACGGACACGCCGCCGCGGCGGGACUGAUGCUCGCGCUGAGCCACGACUAUAUCUUCAUGAGGAAAGACCGUGGGGUUUUGUACAUGAGCGAGGUCGACAUCGGGCUCUCGAUGCCGGACUAUUUCUCGGCGAUGGUUCGUGCUAAGAUCGGGACGAGCGCGGCGAGGCGGGAGCUGUUGUUGAGUGGGAAGAAGAUUAGAGGAGAAGAAGCGGCGGGUUUGGGGAUCGUUGACUCUGCGGCGCAUGAUAGUGCGGAAGGAGUUGUGGAGGCUACUGUGCGCCUCGGGGAGAAAUUGGCGGCGAGGAAAUGGAGCGGUGAGGUUUAUGCGUCGAUCAGGAAGAGUUUGUAUCCGGAGCUUUGUGGGAUUCUUGGUUUAGAGGCAACAAUCUUUGCAAAUCCUAAGCUCUAA